UCGCCAUCUUGGAUUGCAGCCGAAAGUUUACAUAUUUUUCACAUUUUCGGCGAUUUAUCGAGAUGGCGCAAGAGCCUGAGAUAAUGGCGUGGGAGACCGACCAAUCGUAUAUUGCCUUUGAGAAGUUCCUCCAGCAACAAACAUCAAAGCGUCCCAUUGGCGAUGAUGAUCUUAUUGUGUUAGACUUUGAUGUGGAAGAGGUAAACAAGGCCAUUGAGGCAGAGCUACCUAAACACCUAGAGAAAGAAAUAGAGGUUCUCACAGAUCUGGAACAUCAAGUUAAACAACAAGAGAAGAAAAAUAAUGAAGUGAAGAAAGUAUUUGCUAGAGCAGAAACAGACCUGAAAAAAUUCAAAGCUGCAUUAGAAGCAGAACAGGAGUUAGCAAAACAACAAGCUGAAGUGGAGUCUGUAUCAGAUAGUGAUGAUGAAAUACAGAUCAUAGAAGCUUCGAUCUAUGAACCUCCCUCAUCUAAGAAGUCACCUCGACUCCCCCCUUCACCAAGGCAGCCCCAACAGGGCCAGCAACAAACUUUGGUCAAACUUAUUCGCAAGCCUGGUACUCAACCCGUAACAUCUAUACAGACAUUACAGCAAGUUCAACUUAAUACAAAUGUUAAUGAUGACAUCAUCCCACUAGAAGAAGAAUCUGCCCCACCUCCUCCUAAGAAGAACCCAGUGCUUAAACCCCAGUCUAAAACUCCACUUAGGAUUAUAGAAUUGACUGUAGGAAUGAAGCUGUAUGCAAGGAAAAACAAUGAUGUCUGGUAUAAAGGGACCCUCAUUGAAAUAAUAGGACUAGGAAAAACUUUAGAUUUGAGAAAAUACAAAGUAAAGUAUGACUCAAAGGGUGUGAAGUUGCUUACUGGGAAAGAUAUUGCCCUGGCUGAUAAACCAAGUGUAGGCAUUAUUGUAGGCAGUAGAAUAUGUGCCCUGUACAAAGAUGAUGAUGGAGGGAAGUCCCAUUAUGCUGGUAUCAUCGCAGAACCUCCAAGCGUCACGAACAGAUACAGGUAUUUGGUGUUCUUUGAUGAUGGCUAUGCCCAGUACUGUAGCAUGAAAGAAAUACACAAGGUGUAUGAACAAAGCAGGAAUGUUUGGGAAGACAUCCAUCCAGACUCUCAGGAUUUCAUCAAAGGCUACUUAGCACAAUACCCAGAGCGCCCCAUGGUAAGACUUCAAGCAGGUCAGAUUAUCAAAACUGAAUGGAAUGGGGCAUGGUGGACAGCCAAGGUACAUGAGGUUGAUGCUAGUCUGGUGAAGAUGUACUUUGAUGCUGACAGACGUGUUGAAUGGAUCUACAGAGGCUCAACAAGACUAGAACCACUCUAUACAGAAUUGUCUAAUGCUGAGCAUUCUAAGAGCAUGGGUGCUAAGGCCAGAAGACAUGUGCCACAUAUUAAAAGCAAUAAGAAACCAUUCGUUGAAUACACCAGAGGGGAAGCAGAGUCAGUUGAUGAGGUUAAAGCUCCUGUGGCAAAGACAGAUCCACCUGUGAAAAAGAAAUCUGGAAUGAAUGUUGCCAAAAAAAGUACAGCUGGGCAAAAAGUUCGACCAGGUCCAUUAUCAAGCAAACCAGCUGGAUUUACUACUAGUCUUAGUAUGGAGAGUGUUGCCACCAAAGAUAUAGCAAGUGUUCUAAAAGACAGACUUGGAGAAAAUCCAGAUGUGGAUGAUGAAUCUAUGGGCGAGCGCAAGAGCAUCUUGCAGAGGAACCCACAGCUAAAUGCAAACAGAAAAUUAUACAGACAUCAUCGUUGCUCAAAAGGUUGUUCUAAAAACCAGCAGGAUCCUGUUAAGUUUCGAGGAAACAACCCUCUCAUUAUUCCAAUGAUGUGCAGCUGGGAAAGACAACUAGGAAAAAUGCAGAAAGUUGGGAGAAGGCAGGUUUUCUAUAGGGCUCCCUGUGGUCGUAGAAUCCGCAGUAUGGAAGAAUUGGAUUACUACCUUAGGGUCACAGACUGCCUUCUGACUGUAGAUAUGUUCUGUUUUGACCCUUAUUUACACACCCAUAGUGAAUUUGUUCCUCUAAAGACCUUCUGUGAUAUCAAAGAUCUGUCCUAUGGCAAAGAAAGUGUUCCAAUAUCAUGUGUGAAUGGAAUAGACAGGCAAUAUCCAGACUAUGUUGAAUACUCAAACGUUAGAAUACCAGCUAAAGGUGUUGCAUUAAAUCUGGACCCUGAUUUCCUAGUUGGUUGUGAUUGUACAGAUAAUUGUUCGGACCCAAGGAAAUGUUCAUGCUGUCAAUUAACAGUGCAUGCAACCAAAGCAACAGGUGGAGAUGUGAAACCCAAUGCUGGCUACCAAUAUAGAUGCUUGAAUGAACCACUUGUUACAGGUGUAUAUGAAUGCAACUCUAGAUGUAAAUGCAACAGCAGAUGCAACAAUAGAGUUGCCCAGCAACCUCUCUCCCUCAGACUUCAAGUAUUUAAGACUGAAAAAAGAGGUUGGGGUCUCCGGUGUUUAGAUGACAUUCAAGCUGGGGGGUUUAUCUGUAUAUACGCUGGACAAUUGCUAACUGAACAAGGUGCUAAUGAGGAUGGUCACCAGUAUGGAGAUGAAUAUCUAGCUGAGUUAGAUCAUAUUGAAGUGGUAGAGAACUUAAAGGAGGGUUAUGAGAGUGAUGUGGUUGAUCCUGAUGAUGAAGGAAGUUCAGAUGAUGAUGAAGAUGAAAGUAUGCCAUCUGAUAACAAAUCUGACAGCACAUUUGAUGGCAGGAAAUAUCUCAAGGAUAAGAAUAGGAAUUCAUCUGAGUCUGGAGAUACUCGCAUUCGAAAUUCCCCAAGGCAAAGCAGACGGCCCCAAGAAUCCUCCAAUAAAUUGGACAGGAUUCUACUGAAAAGGAAUCCAGAAAAUAGUUCAGCUCAAGAUAAAGAUGCAUGGUCUAUUCAGCAGCAGAAGUCUUCUACCAAGCAGACGGCAGAGUGGGUGAAGAAUAUUCCAGAACCUGAUGAUUGUAUUGUCCUGAGUGAUGAUGAUAGUAACAGCAAAUCUCAAGAGCCAAAUGAUGACGACAAUGACUCAGAUGAUAGAAAUAGAAGAAAGAAAGAUAGAUCUAGAUUUAGGAACCUGCCAGAUCCAAAGAGCAACAAAACAUAUAGAAUCCAAAUGCCAUCAGAAGAAAAGAAGAAAGAAAAACUAAGUAAACCAGAGAAGGAAAAAUAUCCCAGUACAAGGAGGCUCAUCUCAGGUGAAGACUUCUGCUACAUCAUGGAUGCUAAGUCCAUUGGAAACAUAGGCAGAUAUCUCAAUCAUUGUUGCAGUCCAAAUGUAUUCGUCCAGAAUGUCUUUGUAGACACACAAGAUCUCAGAUUUCCAUGGGUAGCAUUCUUUGCAUUGCAGUAUAUCCGAGCUGGCACAGAACUAACAUGGGACUAUAGUUAUGAAGUAGGCAGUGUGCCAGGGAAGGUCCUCUAUUGUUAUUGUGGCUCAGCAGAAUGUAGAGGAAGACUCCUCUAACCCCUAUAAACAAUACGAACAGCAUUAAAGAUCUGUACAAUAUCAGGAUAUUAAAUGCAUAGCUUUGGGUCUUCCUGAGUGCCAUACAUUGUGCCCUUAAAUUUGGAGGAACAUUGAGAAUCUAGUUUUGGGGGCUCUGGUUUCAAAUGAUGAUGUAUCUAUUUAAUCCUGAUCAUUUUUAAAUGUGGAUUUUAUCUUGAGUGAUUAAGAUAUAAUUAUCAUUUGAUGAUAAAUGAGGCUCUAUUUUCUUGUAAAAUAUUAUGUCUCUACAAUUCAAAACAUUAUACUUAUGUAAAUAAAGUGUCUGGUCAUGCAUGGUUCAAUAACUAAAGUAAUGCACAAAAUUAUGACAGUGUUCAAAAUCUCAAUUAAGUGUAGAUCCUUUCAAAUAUUAAUUUGAAAUUAGGCU